ACUUCUUCCAGUUCCACCGCAGCACCAGCACCGCCUGCCCGCAGCAGCAUGAAGCUCUUUCAGGUUAUCGUGGGCGCCAUGGUGACUAACCUGGUGUCGACCGGCCACCAAGGAGGUUCGUACGGCGACGCCGCCGGUCUACCCACGAGCUACGGCGUGCCGAGCGCCGGCUACGGCGGCGGCGUCGGCGGCUACGACGGCGCCGCCGGCAACGGCAACGGCGGCGGCUACGACAACAGCGUCGGCUACGACAACAACGGCGGUGGCGGCUACGCCGGUGGCGCGCAGGGCGGGAAUGGAUACGGCGGCGUCAAAAGCUACGACGAACAGCCGAAGGCGUACCAGUUCGGGUACGCGGUGAGAGACCGCGCGAGCGGCAACGACUACGGCCGCCACGAGGCCAGCGACGGCAACGUGGUCCAGGGAGAGUACCGCGUGCAGCUGCCCGACGGCCGCCUGCAGAUCGUCACCUACACCGCCGACUGGCGCAACGGCUUCCGCGCCGACGUGCGGUACGAGGGCGAGGCGCGGUACCCGGACGGUAUCCAGCAGCAGCAGCAGCAGCAGCAGGCCGGCGCGGGCAGGCCCGUCUACGGGCCGCCCGGGUACCACCAGUGAGGCCGGUACUCCGAGCGACGUCCUCAGCCUGGAUAAACCCUGUCCCCAUCACUCACUCGCUAAUCCUUCAGACGCAAUACUCUCGUGGGUGGACCGGUGUACGAGCUGCCUCGGUACCACUAGCGACGAGGGGUGCAUCUUCCUUAGGGUACUCCGGCGAACGUCUCUACCGCUCCCUCGCCUUAGGCCGCGUUCCGUUACUCGCGUGGAGGCAGGAACAUACACACCCGUCAAUAUCAUUCCGUUACUCUACACGUGCGUCUGACGACGGAAAGAGUAACAAGUAUGGAGUACCUCAAUUGAGGUCAGGUUUUUUUUUAUCUCGAAACAUUUAACUGUUUUUUCAGACUGAUGUUCCACCACACUUGCACUCACCACGUCCACGUUUUACUAUUCAUCAACUUGACCUAAAAGCUACCUCGUUCCCCACGUACGGUCGCACCUCAUGACGUCAGCCCAAUAAUUUCUUCCAGACCACUUGCGUAUGCUGCACGAAGUAAGUCGAAAUUACGAUGACGAAGCACUUAUAUUCACGCCCUUUGCCUGGGUUAAGAAACUCUUAAUUUCUGCGCACACAGUGUACGAAUUUACUCCCUUCACACGCCUGGCUAAAGUUGAUUCGCGUCUGUAAGUUCGCUUGCCUUGAAAGUUUUUUAUUGUCCACCACAGUAUUUAACUUCCAAAUAUUUAGUGAGUUAAAUUUCACAUAGCUUGGGUUUUUUUCCUUCCAGCCAUUUUUGUUAAGCGUCUCAAUCGCCCUCUGCAGUUGCGAUGUCAGCACACAUCAUGAAUGGAACACAGUGACAGUAACUUGGCGCUUCAGUGUAAGUUGCAAGUUAUACUGGCUGGUGCAGUGAGAGAGACGUGACUAUUCAGGGGUAGGUGCCACAGAACCUGUUCCUAAAUGUAUGUGUUAUUUUUUGCCAGAACUGCAAACAUCACUCAGCAUUGAGGGUUUUUAGGCAGCCAUUAAUGCAUACAACAUCCGUUAUUUCACAUUUCAUUUAUUUUUCUUAGUACUUUUAGAAGUAAACUUUGUUGUCUUGUUUGAACUUUUUUUAAAAAAACACAAUUUCGUAUUGAACAACCACAUUCAGAAACAUAUUCGUGUUGCCUUAGUGAGAAAAAUAUAAACAGUAAGUAUUUUACGAGGAAAUAAUACUUAAAAUAAGAUCCUGUCUAUAGUGGAAAUCAUCAAAUUAUCCCGAACAAAAUCUAUUUCAAGCGAUACUAAGAAGGCGACGGAAGCAGGCAUCUGGGCCUAUACUGUUAAACGGCUGCCCCAUUGAGUGUAAUAAUGAUAUAAAAAGGUCUCGGUGUGGAAUUUAAGCUGUUUCAAUGACCGCGAAUUAUAGGUCUGAAUAGUAGUAUGACCCUUUCAAUAUUUCUUGUUAACUCGAAGGUGCCUUUUUCACACAGUUAUCUCGGUCACAGAAACUAAUAAAAAAUGGAUUUUCCAUUCCGAAUAUUUGCUCCAGAAAAAUGCAAAAGGUGAUCAAUACCUUUUCAUCAUUACUCUAGUGAUUUUUUUCACUAGUUUUUCACGAAAUACCUGCUUGAAAUUUUCAAUUCCAAAGCUAAAACCAAGAAAACUUGAGAAAUUAUAAUUUAAAUUUUAUAAAGACAUAAUAAUAAUUAUCUGCCAGACAUGUGAUAUCUUUGUAUCAGAACUGUUUGUAAAAUUCUAAGGUUCUGUCACCUGUAUCAAAUAAUUUGAAAUGACAUUGUAUUUUAUUUCAAACUUUUUGUAUUAAUUUUGUAGAUAAUAUUAAGUAUUAUUUUGUCCUUUGUAAUACGUUGUGAUUUAUAUUUUGAUAUAAAAUAUUUGUAUACA